CACAAUGCCCGUCAAUUUUGCUAAGCUCGAGGCCCACCUCUCUACCCGCUCCUACGUCGAAGGGUAUACCGCGUCCCAGGCCGAUGUCGCCAUCUUCAAGGCUAUCACCUCCGCCCCGGCCGCCUCCUUCGUUAACGUGAACCGCUGGUACAACCACAUAAAAUCCUACGAGGCCGAAUUCAACGCCCUGCCUGGCUCUAGUGCUGCUGGCGAGGCUUUCCUCGGUGGUGCAUCUGCGUCCGCUGAGGAAAAGAAGGAGGAUGACGAUGAGGAGGUCGACCUCUUCGGCUCUGACGAGGAGGACGACGCGGAGGCCGAGCGCAUCAAGGCUGAGCGUGUCGCCGCUUACAACGCGAAGAAAGCCAACAAGCCCAAGGCUGCCGCUAAGUCUGUUGUCACAUUCGAGGUCAAGCCCUGGGACGACGAGACCGACAUGGCCGAGCUCGAGAAGUCUGUCCGCUCAGUCGAGAUGCCGGGCCUCGUCUGGGGUGCUUCCAAGCUCGUCCCCAUUGGCUACGGUAUCCGCAAGCUUCAGAUCACUCUCGUCGUCGAGGAUGAGCUUGUCUCGCUCGACGACCUCCAAGAAAAGGUCCAGGAAAUUGAGGACUUGGUUCAGUCCACGGAUAUCGCUGCUAUGCAGAAGCUCUAAAUGUGUAUAACUUCUCUUCAUGUUGUACAAUCCGUUCCCGGGUCUCGUUGCUGUAGUAGAACUCACCUCAUAUGUAGCUGAAAAAAAUCAAUGUACUACUAUCAGUGUUCCUUCAGUUAUUUGAUGAAAGCCGGCCCAGUCACGACAAAGACGCGUGACUCGCGG